UCUUGCUUAGAGCCUGAAGAGUAUAACACACCUCUCCCGCUCCUGCAGUGACUCAUUGCUAAACUUUUCCACAGAAUCACACAACAAUUUCCCAAACUCCUUCGGAAGCCGCUCGACUUAGGCUACAUUAUCCGGACCUCUGCAUGCCUCUUUACAGCAAAGCGAGGGAGAGAGGCAUGAAGGCCUGCAACAGGGCCGUGAUCGUGUCUGUGGGGCAGUUCGACCCCGGCGUUGGGCUGUCCGGGAGGGUCGGAGGAGUCAGGAACGACACCAGGAGGCUCCACAGAGUUCUGACCACGCUGGGCUUCAAGGUGGAGUUCCACAACGACCAGUCGGCGGAUGAAAUCUACGAAUUAUUUGAAGAAGAGAGCAAAAAGCCGGUUGAAAAUUGUUUCCUGGGCAUCAUUUCCACUCAUGGAGAGGAGGGGGUCGUGUUUGGAGCUGAUGGCAACCCAGUGAAGCUCGCUAAAAUCUUUGGGUUUUUCAACUCGCCUUGCAUGACGGACAAGACGAAGCUCUUUCUCAUUCAGGCUUGUCGAGGGCACGACUUGGAUGAUGGAGUUGAAGUUGACUCAGCUCUUUCGGACGAAGAGGAUUUCAUGUCAGGGUACCUCUCUAUUCCUGCGGACAUGGCUGUAAUGUACGCCACAGCUCCAGGUUACGGUGCCUUCAUGCACCCCCUCGGCUCCGUCUUCCUGCAGAAGCUCUGCGACCUCCUGGUGGAGGACGGAGGUCGCGACCUGGAAAUAAACCAGCUGAUGACCCGGCUGAGGUACCAGGUGGCCUACCGCUUCCAUGCCAACGCACCGGGCCUGACGGGCAAGAAGGAGAUGCCCUGCUUCGUGACGCGCCUCACCCGGGAGGUGUACCCGUUCAGGGCCUCGCAAGUCACCGGGAACGUCGGACAAGGAGUUGGAGGGGAGGUGAACGCCAAACGUUCGGCUACCGCGCUGGUGGAGGAAUCGCAGAGGAUACGCAAACGCUCCAUCAGCUGAUCAGACAGGCAGAAUCCUUUCUAUUGGUGACAUGAACAUUUAAUAUGAUGGGGAGUAUGGAUGGAUGGACCGUAUGAGAGUGCACAAUUCUGGGACCCCAUAAAAGCAAUGCUUUUUUUAAAAACUACCCACUGUUAAACUUACAAUAAUGUUUUUUUUUUAUAUAUAUAUUUAAAUGGUGGAUUCAGAAACGUUUCAGAAGUUCAUUUACUUCUGUCAGGGUGAAAAGCACCUCUCGUUUUGCUUUUCCAUCUUUCAUGUGCAAUAAUCAUUCCACAGACACACUUUAAAGUGGUCAUUAUAGAAUCAGUGUGUAAAUAAAACAUUCCAGUAAGAACCUAUUUUUAUAUUGACAAU